UGCCCGUUUAAAACGAGCCGUUUUCCUUGACCAUUCACCAGCAACCAUGGCAGCCGAACUCCCAGAGAUGAUUACCAUCGGCAAAGGUGUCACCGUCACAUUCUUGAAGGACAACAAGUAUGAGACACGUAUUUCUGCCUCAGGCGUACCAGGCGAUGAGGAACUUUCCCUUCCUUUACACUGGCACGAAAAGCAUGAUGAAUACGUACUCGUCGUCGAAGGCAAGUUACAAAUGACUCGCGGGACAGAGAUCAGAGUGUACGGCCCGGAGGACGGUGAACAAAUGUUCGAAAGAGGAAUUCCGCAUUCACUUAAGAGCGUCGGCAAUUGUGUCAUCUUGGACAGGACCGUCCCUGAUGAUUCGAUCAAACAACUCUUCAUCAGAAAUAUGAUGGCAGGCGGCUCUAUGAGUACGGAUUUUUUCGACAUCAUGCAUAACUGUUACUAUGGGGAUGUGAUCCCUUCGCUUCCGGGAGGCAUUCAUUGGCUCGAGAAAGCUUUCCUGACAUUGUUCGGAUACUACAUCGCGCCAUUGUUAGGAUAUCAAAGAAAGAUCAAGACGCUCUAGUCCAUAUGGUUUGAAGUAAAGCCAAGAAAUGAUGUACUAUACAAAACCAGGACACUGAACGGUUGAAUAUGCAAGAAAGAAUUGGUAUCGCA